AUGAAGCUAGCAGUCUUUAGCGCAAAAUCCUACGAUCGCACCUAUCUAGAUCAAGUGCGUGAUCAAAGCUUCCCAGACCUUUGCGCAAUCGACUACCAUACUUUCUCCCUCUCUGAAGAAACAGUCCCCUUGGCCCAAGGCUGUGAUGCCGUCUGUGUCUUCGUAAAUGACACCCUAGACUCCCGCGUGUUGACAGCCCUCCACGCCUAUGGGAUCCGCGCCAUCCUCCUCCGCUGCGCAGGAUUCAACCACGUGCACCUCCCCACAGCCGAAAAGCUAGGUCUCUUCGUGGCCAAUGUUCCGGCUUACUCCCCUGAGGCGGUGGCUGAGUUCGCAGUGGCCCUGAUCCAAACUCUGAACCGGAAGACGCACCGCGCCUACAACCGCGUGCGCGAAGGCAACUUCAACAUCGAGGGUUUGCUGGGCAACACCCUCCAUGGGAAGACCGUAGGGAUCGUCGGCGUUGGGCGAAUUGGGCUUGCGGCUGCGCGGAUCUUCCGCGGGUUCGGGUGCCGGUUGCUGGCGCAUGAUCCGUUCGCUGGCGACGAGUUCCGGGAGUUUGGGACGCUGGUUGAACUCGACGAGUUGCUGCAACAGAGUCACAUUGUCAGUCUGCAUUGUCCGCUCACGGACGGGACCAAGCAUCUCAUUAAUGAAGAGACGCUAUCACGGAUCCGGCCGGGGUCUUUGCUGGUGAACACAUCACGAGGUGGUCUGAUUGAUAGCACGGCUGUGAUUCAGGCGCUGAAGACGAAGCGGCUGGGUGGGCUGGCGUUGGAUGUCUAUGAAGCUGAAAGCGAGCUGUUCUACAAUGACCACUCUGGAGAGAUCAUUGAGGACGAUGUACUGAUGCGACUGAUGUCUUUCCACAAUGUGUUGAUCUGUAGUCACCAGGGGUUCUUCACUCGUGAGGCUCUUGGGGAGAUUGCGGGAGUCACGCUGGGAAAUUUGUCUGAUUUCUUCUCGGCUCGCUCGUGCAAGAACUCUCUAGUGACGGAGGGCCAUGUCUUAGUUCGCCGGGACACAGAGCCGGUGAGACUAUAA